AUGAGAUUUAUAUUCUUUUUUGCAUUGUGUUUACUACUAUGUUACAUUCAUUUGGCAUCAAGUGACACCAACAAACCAUCAACAACAACCAAACCAAAAAGCAAAUCAACCAAAGAAAAAGAUAUUACAUCAACAAAGACUACAGAUGGCAAAAAUAUAAAAACAAAAACAAAAGCUGAAAGUAAAGAAUCCAAGAAAAAUACUGUUGAUGAUACAAAAACUAAAGGCAAGAUCAAAACUUCUACGAAAAGUACUAGUGAUCGUACUACGAUAAAAGACAAGACUAAAGUACAGAAAGAUGAUGCCAGUGGCAAGAGUUCAAAAGCAAAAGGAAAGAAGACUUCAAAUAUGCGAACUCCAUUUGAUCAAGCUCUUGGAAAAUUAUCAAUUUGUGCAUCUUCAUCCCCUUCACUUGUUGAUGUCAUGCAAGAAAAUCUUCAAGAACUUCAAUCGGAUGAAAAGUAUAGACCACUUUUCAAUGCUGCACCACAUACAGCAGCUUUUCUAAAGAAAAAAGCGCAUGAUUCAAGUAAAUUUAUCGGUGGAUUACGUCAAGCUCUGAAUGCUGAUUGGUCUAAUCCAACAUGGAAAUCAUGGGAUGAAAUUAAUACAUUGUUUCGUCCGUUCAAACAACAAUUCGUAUAUGCUAUGAUGAGAUUUAAUUGCACUUAA